AUGGCACCCGUACAACCUCUCUGGAUAGACAACGAAGAUGUUAGCAGCGCAAUAGAGUUCCCUGUUAUUAAUGGACAAUCAGGCAAGACUGUCCACACAGCGAAUGGAGCGACUCCAGAAUUAGCCGUUGCGGCUGUUGAGAGCGCACAGCGAGCUUUCGGGACGUGGUCCAAGACAUCGCCAUGGGAGAGACGAAAGCUGCUACAGUCUGCUGCUCGCAUCCUGCACAAUCGACGACAAGAGAUUUCAGAGCUUAUCAAGUUAGAAACCCCCGCUCCGGACUUCAUGGUCGAGGAAAUCAACAUCAACAAUGGCAUCGCUUUAUUCGAAGAGCUCGCUGCCCAGAUCACAAAUAUGACGAACGGAAUGUUACCGCACUGCCGUGAAUCCAACAGGAUGGCAUUUGUGGUCAAGCAGCCGUACGGAGUCCAACUCGGUAUCGCGCCGUGGAACGCGUCCCUAUUUCUUGCCCUUCGCUCCGUGAUAACGCCAAUCUCAUGUGGAAAUACAGCAAUUCUGAAAGCAUCAGAGCUCAGUCCGGGCCACCGUAAAGAAGACGCGGCGCAGAUCGUCGAGACUCUUAUUAGCCACCCGGCGGUGCGCAAAGUGAAUUUCACAGGGAGCACGGCUGUGGGCAAGAUAAUUGCUGCUAAGGCUGCGGACUAUGCGAAACCUUGCAUUCUUGAGCUAGGCGGCAAGGCACCGCUGAUAGUGUUUGAAGAUGCUGACCUUACGGAGGCGGCAAAGGCCGCUGUGAUGGGCGCAUUUGGGCAUCAUGGGCAAAUCUGCAUGGGAACCGACACGGUCCUGGUUCAUAAAUCCGUGGCCGAGACGUUGAUUUCUAGACUGUCAGCCGAGGCGCCACAGAUUCCCCGCAGUUGGGCCGUGUCUGAUCAGCAAGCCAUAAAAACCGAAGCACUUGUUGAAGACGCAAUCAACAAAGGGGCUAGACUGGCGUUUGGAAAGCUAGAAAGAAACGGGUCUAGUCUACAUCCCACAAUUCUUACUGGCGUGAAGCCAUCCAUGCGGCUCUACUCGGAAGAGAGCUUUGGCCCAACACUCGCCGUCUUAGCCUUCGAGUCCGAAGAUGAGGGGGUAGCUUUGGCGAACGGACACGAAUACGGAUUGUCCGCCAGCGUGUUCACCAAGAAUGUGGCGAGAGGAAUAAGGAUUGCGCGCAGAAUCGAUAGUGGUUCGGUCCACAUCAAUUCGAUGACUGUGCACGAUGAAGUCCAGCUUCCUCAUGGAGGAACCAGGUCAAGCGGAUGGGGGCGGUUUGGUGUCCCUUGGGCAUUUGACGAAUUUCUACAAAUCAAGACUAUUACGCUAACUGACAGCGAUAUCAGCGAACAUCUCUAA